AUGGUAGAUGAUAAUUUCGCGUCAUGCCUAUCCACAUCAGCGGCGCCACCACGUCCACGAGCUGCUCAUGUCAGUCCAAUAGUUGGAUCUUUUGUUUGGGUGGAGGAUCCUGAGGAAGCUUGGAUGGAUGGGGAAGUUGUGGAAGUCAAUGGUGAAGAUAUUAUAGCAAACUGUACAUCAGGGAAGACGGUUGUUGCUAAAGUAUCUAAUGUUUUUCCAAAGGAUCCUGAAUUUCCUCCAUGUGGCGUGGAUGAUAUGACUAGGCUGGCAUAUUUGCAUGAGCCAGGGACUUACACAGGAAAUAUAUUGAUUGCUGUGAAUCCUUUCCGAAGACUUCCUCAUUUAUAUGACAAUCAUAUGAUGGAACAGUAUAAAGGGGCUGCCAUUGGUGAGUUGAGCCCGCAUCCUUUUGCUGUGGCAGAUUCAGCAUACAGACAGAUGAUUAAUGAAGGAAUAAGCCAGUCAAUUUUGGUUAGUGGGGAAAGUGGAGCUGGUAAAACAGAGAGUACAAAAAUGCUCAUGCGUUAUUUGGCCUACAUGGGAGGGAGAGCUGCGGCCGAGGGACGGUCUGUGGAGCAGCAAGUUUUAGAGUUUGUGGAGAUUCAGUUCGAUCAAAGCGGGAGGAUUUCAGGAGCUGCCAUUAGAACUUAUUUACUGGAACGAUCCCGUGUUUGCCAAGUGUCUGAUCUUGAGAGAAACUAUCAUUGUUUUUAUAUGCUCUGUGCUGCACCAGCAGAGGAUAUAGAGAAGUACAAAUUGGGAAAUCCUAGAACAUUUCAUUAUCUUAAUCAAUCACAUUUCUACGAGCUGGAUGGAGUGGAUGAUUCCGAAGAGUAUCUUGCGACCAGAAGAGCUAUGGAUGUUGUUGGGAUAAAUGCUGAUGAACAGGAUGCAAUAUUCCGUGUUGUGGCUGCAAUACUGCAUCUAGGCAAUGUGGAGUUUGCUAAGGGAAAUGAAGUAGAUUCUUCUGAACCAAAGGAUGACAAGUCUUGGUUUCAUCUCCAAACAGCAGCUGAACUUUUGAUGUGCGAUGAGAAGUCUCUUGAAGACUCAUUAUGCAAACGUGUGAUUGUAACUCGUGAUGAGAGCAUUACAAAAUGGCUUGAUCCAGAUGCUGCAGCUGUCAACAGAGAUGCUUUGGCAAAAAUUGUUUAUUCGAGAUUAUUUGAUUGGAUCGUGAACAAGAUAAACAACUCUAUUGGUCAAGAUCCUGAUUCAAAAUCUUUAAUUGGGGUUCUGGAUAUAUAUGGAUUUGAGAGUUUCAAGACAAACAGGUGCUUAACUGCAUUGCUUGCUUGUUUCAGCUUUGAGCAAUUUUGUAUCAACUUGACCAAUGAAAAGCUGCAGCAACACUUCAACCAGCAUGUCUUCAAGGUGGAGCAAGAAGUAUAUACGAAGGAAGAAAUUGAUUGGAGUUAUAUAGAAUUCGUUGAUAAUCAGGAUGUUCUUGAUCUUAUUGAAAAGCUUUAUCAGACUUUUAAAGAUCACAAGCGUUUUAACAAGCCUAAGUUAGCACGCAGCGACUUCACCAUUUGCCAUUAUGCUGGUGAUGUGACAUACCAAACUGAACUUUUUCUGGAUAAGAACAAAGAUUAUGUUGUUGCGGAGCAUCAAGCUCUCCUCAGUGAGUCCAAAUGCUCCUUUGUUUCAGGCCUGUUCCCGCCAUUGCCUGAGGAAUCUGUCAAAUCAUCGAAGUUCUCAUCAAUAGGUUCUAGGUGUAAGCAACAACUACAAGCAUUGCUUGAAACACUGAAUGCUACAGAGCCCCACUACAUUCGUUGUGUAAAGCCAAAUAAUGUUCUAAAGCCUGGCAUCUUCGAGAGUAAUAAUGUUUUACAGCAACUACGCUGUGGGGGAGUGAUGGAGGCAAUUAGGAUUAGUUGUGCUGGAUAUCCCACUAGGAAGACAUUUGAUGAAUUUGUCCGCCGUUUUGCCAUUCUGGCACCAGAUGUGCUGCAUAGCGGCUGUGAUGAGAUUAGUGCUUGCAAGAGGCUUCUAGAGAAGGUCAACCUCCAAGGUUAUCAGAUUGGCAAAACAAAAGUUUUUCUUAGAGCUGGUCAGAUGGCGGAGCUAGAUGCUCAUCGAAGUGAGGUGUUAGGAAGAUCAGCAAGCAUCAUCCAGAGGAAAAAGUAUUCUCGCAUGUAUCUUGCGAGUAAAGCUUACAACAACUUGUGCUUCUCAGCUGUCUCCAUUCAGUCAGGCAUGCGUGGAAUGGAUGCUCGUAAUCAGCUUUGGUUCAGGAAGCAGAUGAGAGCUUCAAUUGUCAUUCAGAGUCAAUUCCGAAAACACUCUGCCCAACUUCAUUAUCUGAGGUUAAGGCGAGCAGCAAUUGCCACUCAAUGUGCCUGGAGAGGGCGGGCUGCACGUAAAGAAUUACGGCAGCUUAAAAUGGCUGCUAAGGAGACUGGUGCUCUCCAAGCUGCAAAAAGUAAACUGGAAAAGGAAGUUGAAGAACUAACCUGGCGUCUGCAGCUGGAGAAACGGAUGAGGGCUGACCUAGAGGAAUCCAAAACACAGGAAAAUGCAAAAUUACGUACAGCAUUGCAAGAAAUGCAACUUGAAUUCCAAGAAUCUAAAGCUCUACUAAUCAAGGAACGUGAAGCUGCGAAGGAAGCAGUUGAACAAGUCUCAACCAUACAGGAAGUCCCAGUUAUUGAUAACGAACUGGUGAAUAAACUUACUGCCGAAAAUGAAAUGCUCAAGGCUAUGGUAAGCUCACUGGAAAAGAAAAUUGAUGAAACAGAGAAGAAAUAUGAAGAGACAAAUAAGCUUAGUGAAGAGCGACUGAGGCAGGCUUUGGAUGCAGAGUCAAAGAUAAUUGAGCUGAAAACAACCAUGCAGAGGCUUGAAGAAAAACUUUCUGACAUGGAAGCUGAGGACCAAGUUCUGCGACACCAAGCAUUGUUCAGUUCAUCUUCAAGAAAAAUGUCGGAACAUUUAGAAAUUACUUCUCAGCAUCUAGAAAAUGGUAAUCAUGAACCACCAAUCCCAUCUAAAAGGUUUGGCACAGAUGCUGACAAAAGAUUGAGGAAAUCUCAGAUUGAACGGCUACAUGAGAGUGUAGAUGCUCUAAUCAAAUGUGUGGAACAAAAUCCUGGGUUUAGUCAAGGAAAACCAGUUGGAGCAUUUACCAUUUACAGAUGCCUAGUCCACUGGAGAUCGUUUGAAGCUGAAAGAACUAGUGUAUUUGAUCGUCUUAUUCAGAUGAUUGGUUCUGCAAUAGAGAACCAGGAUGACAAUAAUCAUAUGGCGUACUGGUUAUCUAAUGCAUCGAUGCUGUUGUUCUUACUUCAACGGACUUUAAAAGGCAGUGGUGCAAAUCCCAAUCCGCCGCCUCCAACAUCAUUUUUUGGAAGGAUGGCCCAAGGUUUCCGCUCUUCGCCUUCUUCUGCCAAUCUUAAAGUUGGUAAAGAGGUACAGCUGGUCGAGGCUAAGUAUCCAGCUUUGCUUUUUAAACAGCAGCUGACAGCAUAUGUGGAGAAGAUAUAUGGCAUCAUUCGAGAUAAUAUAAAAAAGGAUUUAUCACUUCUUCUUUCUUCAUGUAUCCAGGCACCAAGGGCAUCGAAGGGAACUGCUUUAAAAUCAUCUCGGUCGUUUGGCCAUAGUCCUCCGGCUGAUUACUGGCGCAGCAUUGUUGAGAGUAUUGAUGGGCUGCUAUGUACAUUGAAAGAAAAUUUUGUGCCUCCAUUUCUUGUGCAGAAGAUAUUUGCUCAAACUUUCUCAUACAUCAAUGUGCAGCUGUUUAAUAGCCUUCUGCUUCGUCGAGAGUGCUGUACAUUCAGCAAUGGGGAAUAUGUGAAAGCUGGGUUGGCUGAAUUAGAAUUAUGGUGUGUCCAAGCAAGAGAAGAGUAUGUAGGAGCAUCCUGGGAUGAACUUAAACACACAAGACAAGCUGUUGGAUUCUUGCGCACCUUUUCCCUCCAGGUUAUACACCAGAAAUCGAGAGUUUCCUAUGAUGAAAUUACAAAUGACCUUUGCCCGGUCCUGAGUGUUCAACAGCUAUACAGAGUAUGCACUUUAUACUGGGAUGACAACUACAAUACUCUAAGUGUAUCUCCUGAUGUGAUUUCCAGCAUGAAAAUACUAACAAACAAUUCAAACGAUGAAGAUAGCAACUCAUUCUUGUUGGAUGAUAAUUCCAGCAUUCCUUUCUCAGCUGAUGACUUAUCUAGUUCCCUACAUGAGAAGGAUUUCUCAGAUGUAAAACCUGCAUCAGAUCUUCUUGAGAAUCCAGCCUUCCAAUUUUUACAGGAUUAA